CAUCGCUUCAGCGGUCUGCGCGCGUGAGGGCGUGUGUGUGUGUGUGUGCGCGCGCUUAAUGAAGCGUCACUCGGUGUCUUUCUUCCUCCCAGCGAACACAAGCAUCACUUGGGAGAAAAACGGCGCUUGAGACCAAGAAGUUUCUUAUUCAGAAGCUCGACUUGAAGUCUUAGCCUCAGCUCUACGAGUCUUCCCUUUUCCCCGUCUGCGCCUCAUCUUCACUUUCUCUUUGAGUACCCGGCGCGAUCGAGGACCCAGUCGGCGCGAACCGGCUAACACAGGGCGUAGCUGGGGAGGAUUUUGCUAGCUCACCGCUGCACUGACCGACGUUUGAAGUAAACAAGCAGACGCCACACCGCUUGUUGGUCCUUACGGCGAUGCUUUUGAGCUCAUCGAACGUCGACGCGGUUUCCCAGACUGUGAAAGUACUGCAAAGUGAUUGAUGUUGAUCACUUGAGCAGUGACAAUUAAGGGAGUAGACUUGCAACCGUGUUUCUUCUGAACCCGCCAGCCUGUACAAGACUGAGACCUGCGUCCAGAUCUUGGGCAAUCCGAUUAGACCUGGACAGACCACUUCUCGAGAAGAGGAGAUGAAACCAGAUGGGGUUAUCACAGCAGCACUGGAGCCAAUGGAAACUUUAGAAUCGAAUCCAGUCAAUGAGUUAUCCCCGGUUACGGGGCAGCAGCCCAGUCAGGGACCCGGCGGAGCGGUGGAGGAAGUGGCCCAGGGGCCAAAAGAUGUGGUUCCGCCGCGGCCGGAAAAGGCCAAGGAAUCCCCAUCUGCCAAGACCAGUAACAAAAUCUCGGGGGACCCCAAAGCCAAGACCGCGAACAAGACCGCGCAGAAAACAAAACCCAGCACGACCAACGUGACGAAGACCACAUCCGGCUCGCGGCCCAGCACGACCUCGAGCCGCCUAUCCAAUGGCUUGUCCAAGCCCCAGAGCAACGGCGUGACAAAGAAGACCACACCUGCACUUGAGAAAAAGAGCACUACGACCUCUGCGGCACCCAAGAAACCAACAGCUGGCGUCCCGGCCCCUCGGAGCACGGCCAAAGUAACUGAAAGAAAAACGGCAUCGCCUGCCACUCAAGGUGCAAAGUCUGCCGUGGGAGCUGCGGCAAUUAAGAAGGCAACAUCCGCAACAGUGAACGGCGUUAAAACCGGCACGGCCACUGCUGCGAAAAAGCCCCCAGCUCCGAAGCCUGCCGCCGCAACUUCCACAAAGUCCACCACUGCACCCAAGACCGAUAAGCCUCCCGUUUCCAAGACCAGACCCACAACCGGCACAACCGCAUCCCGUCCUACCACAGGCUCAACUCGACCGCCCUCCACCAUCACAACCAGGAGCCCCGCCGCGACAUCCAAACCAGCCACCCCGAAAACCUCCGCUACCGGUGCCAACAGUGUUGCAACCAAAUCGGCCUCAUCUACUCCCUCUGCCGUCAAAACCCCUGCAUCUCAAACAUCUCGAAACAUAACCCCUGCAAAAAAAGAUGUUACCAAAUCUGCCACCCCAGCAGCCAAAAAGUCUGCAGACUCUCCACUCAGCCGACCCUCUGCAACUCUGAAAUCAACAAGAUCCGAGGCGCCUAAACCAGCUUCAAAAUCAGACAGUCUCGCCAAAAAGCCAUCUGUAAGUAAAGUUGCAGACACAAAGGCACCGAACCGUUCCAAAACACAAGAGAAUAAGUCCACACCUUCCAAGGAUGUCGCCAAGACACCAGCCUCCAAAACCGUGGCAACCAAGAAUACUAGCGCCAAGAAGACUGUGGGCAGCAGCACCCCAACACCUGUGAAACGUGGACCCAAAGCAGAAGAAGCUGCUGAAACUGGAGGGGAAAUUGCUGCUGCUGUUGCUGCUGCUGCAGCAAUAGCUAGUGCAGCAGCUACCAUUGUAGGGUCAAAUGAGUCCCAAUCACCUGCAGAGGUGGCCUUGGUGGAAUCUCAUGGCGCAACUGCAGAGCAAAUGCCUCCUACGAUCCCAUCAGCCUUUGCAGUACAAGGAAUAAUUUCAGAUCCCACUGCGGAGCCGUCAACAGAACAAGCAUAUGAACUAACACCGGAAAUUCAACAAGAAAAAAUACCAGAACCAAGGCAAGAACCCACGCCAGAACCCAUACUAGAAACUGCACCAGAACCCAUGAGAGAGCCAUCACCAGAGCCCAUACCACAGCCAACACCAGAAUAUAUCAGAGAACCCACACCAGAAUUUAUACGAGAACCCUCUCCGGUGCCUGUCAGAGAACAAACAUCAGAGAUCAUACCGCAACCUACACCAGAAUUUAUACGAGAACCUACACCAGAGCCUAUACUACAACCAUCAGCAGAAUCCAUUCGAGAACCUACACCACAGCCUGUCCGAGAACUAACACCAGAACCCCAACGAGAACAAUCACCAGAACCUCUCAGAGAAUCGUCACCGGAACCUAUGGGAGAAUUUACACCGGAUGCUGUUCGAGAACCAACACCAGAACAUGUGCUCGAGAUCACACCACAGCCCCUCCGAGCGCUCACACCAGAACCCGAACAAGAUUCAAGUCCCGAACCUCUGCAAGAAAUAACUUCAGAUACCACUCCAGAGCCUUCACCAGAACAAGCAUGUGCACUAACACCAGAAAUCCAACAAGAAAUUGUACCGGAAACAAGGCAGGAAGCCACACCGGAACCCUUGCGAGAACCAACACCAGAAGUCCUUCAGGAUCUCCCACCAGAACCAGUACGAGAUGCAAGCAUUGAAACCCUUCUUGAAUCAGAACCUGAGCCCUUGCGAGAGUUGACACCAGAGCCUGUGGAAGAACAACCUCUGAUUCAUGCAUGCAAAAUGUCUCCCGAGGUCCCUGAUGAAACAUUCUGUCAGCCCACAGAGGAGCCACACCAGGGAGCCGGAUUCAGUCAUGAGCCAGCUUCCAAUUUUCAACAGCCAGCACAAAAUGACCCUUUCAAAUUUGAUCAGUCUGCAAGUGACUCGGUUCCUUCCCUCGGAACCACAGUCAUGUCUCCUCCCUGUUCGCCACCGGUCCCUGUUUCUCAGAUCAGAGAAUUUCAGGAUCCCUCUGAUCUGCCAAACAUGCAUGUCCGACCAGAUCCUUGGAACAGGAACCAGACGGUGGAGCCAUGUGAUAUUGAUCCCCAGGCAUCUCACAGUAUGAUGAACUUCCCGACAGGGGAGCGCAAUGACCAGGACGAGGAAUGGGAGAUGAGGAGAGAUGAAGAAGAUGAGGAAGAGAAUCUGAUGACUUCCACUGCUCCUUCCACAGAGGCCUUCUAUGCGAUGGCGCAGCCUCAAUUUUUGGGUGCCUCAACCAUGGAGGAUUUUAAUUCCGGGCACAUGCUGUCGCCUCAUGAAAAGGAAGUAGCGGUGGAAAAGGCAGAUGAAGAAAUAAAUGAAGAUGAGGAUGAUGAGGAUGAAGAAGAUGAGGAGCAGAGGAGGUUGGGCCAUCAUCUCUCCUCCAUGAUCACCGAUAUGAGCACGUCUCAACCCUCGGAGGAGUUCCAGAUCAGACCUUCGGCUUUCGGCGGUUCUACCGGCUGGCACUGCGACGACUUGCUGUCAGGAAUGGACUCCGAGGAUGUCAGCAGUUGCACCAGCAGCCGACAGCAGGGCAUUUCCGACUUCAGCAGCACCCAGCACACCGCGAUAUUGGAAGGUACUCAGAGCUCGGACGCCUUGAUUGACUCGAGCCUCCGUGGCUCUGAAGGUGACGGUAACUUCAUGGGCUCUCCCAAUGUGGAAACUUUAGCCAAUGAAGAAGACGAUGAAGAGGACGAACGUGUGGAUGACAUGGAUUUAAGUUCGGAGAGAGCGGAGGAACAUCAUCACGUGUUCCAGCAGCAAGAACAAGAUGAUGACGAAGAGGAUGAAGAUGUAGAAAUGCACAGUGACGGAGUCACGGAAAGCUGUGAAAAUGCAGAAGACGACGACUUUAAUGAGGAGGCGCAUUUAGACAACCUCAAUCGCGCCGAUUCGCCAUCCGUUGUCCCUCCCACCACUUCCUGGGGUCAGACCAACCCUUUUUCUGAUACCUGGGCUCAGCCUCAGCCGGCUUCAUUGCGCUCUGUCUCCUCCCCCAGCCCGAUCUCGGAUCACGGCGCGGGAGAGUCUGAAAGCCCCACACAGUCCCCUGCCCAAACUGGUUUGGACAGCAGCUCCCCUUUCUUGGCUCCUCUCUCGGGGCAAGACUCUGAGCGACAGCGGUCCUUCCAUGAGCUGGACGCCUCGGUCCCUGAAGAUACUCCAAAUAUGCUUGCUCCCGCCGCUGUCGGCCUCUCCCAGUCUAGCAGUCUGAGUGGUACGGCACUGGCCGCCCACAGCGGCAGCGAGACGAGCACGCCAGAAGAACUACGGGACUAUGACAGCAGUUCAGGGGUGGAAUCCCGCUCAGACAAACAGCAUACUCCGGUUCCUGCGUCACUCCAGCCUGACAUGGAGCAGGAUCUGGGUAUUCACCUGGAGAAAGGCGACGGAGAAGAGGAAGAGGCUGAGACACUGCCGGCUGAUGAGGUUCUGGGAACAGGACCCCCAACCGCUCCGGCAUCUGCCCCAUCUUCGCCUACCACCUCUGUCGAUGAGGCCAGUGACACAGAGGGGGAGAUGCAGAUUAAUGAAGCUGAUGCGCCCGUGACCAUGGAUGUAAGCGCUGCGUUUGAAAGCCCUACUCCGACAUGCAAUUUGUCCGCUCUCGAUGAGGAUGAGGAGGCCAGAGAAACACCAUCAGGAGAAGGUGAGGAGGACGAAGGGGAGACCACUCCCCAGUCAGCAAAUUCCGUGGCGUCCUAUGGCUUUGACUGCACCACAUCCAACUCGAACGCCCACUCCAUGGCCGAGAGCUGCGGAAAGAGCCCCGGCAUCUUCUCCCUGGAAAAUGAGGAGCAGCUACCAGAGGAGGCCAAGGACCCGUCACUCAUCAAGGAGCUGACCUUGCCGCCUCCUGCCGCCGCCGAGGACCUCUUGGGCCGACCUGUGGACCUGAUGCCUUUGAGUUUUCCAGAAGAUAAGCAGCCCGGUCUGGAUGACCGCCACUACAUGCUUGGCGGUGAGCUGACCGCACAGCACCUCGAGGAGGUGGAUCCAUUGGAGGCAAGUCUCCACCUCGGGCCUGUGGAAGCUGCAAAUACAGAUGAGAACCAGCCAUCCUACUACUCUACCAUAUGUGAUAAGACUGAUUAUCUGGAAGGUAAUGUAUAAGCCCCUCGCAAGUACCCCCACCGGAAUGCACCUUUUCCCCGCAACCCUCCCCUUUUGCCUAGUGUUUGUCUACUCUCCAGUUGGGUUAGAUAGCUUAGAAGAAAACAAAAAGGAGAGCAAGAUAUUAGGAAAUUGAUGACCAAGAAGAUGAAAAUGUUGACUGUAGCGAUUUUUAAAUGAAGGCUCCUCCACUGUUAUGGCCAACGCUUUUAAGUCUAUGGCUUCAACUUAGCCAAUGUACAAUAACUAAGAUCAUUUUCUAGUCGAAUGUUCUUUUGAAGUUUGGUGAAGGGUACGGACGGAUUGAUCCAAUGUGACUGAACUUUUAAACGAAAACAACAACAACAACAAAAACAGAAGGAACACAAUGGGACUGUAUUUAUCCUGCUGUUUUUACCUAUCAAAUGUCAAUGUUUUUUUUUUUUUAAUUUGGUUAUUUUUUGUUUGUUUCUGUCUAUCCCGAACCUCCCGAUUUUGUGUAUAUACCCUCAGCGUUCAGCAGCACCGUAGUGAUAGUUCCGUGCGCCAUGCUCUUUAAGAAGUUGGUUUUUGUUCCGUCCAUAUCAAGGCUAGUUAUUAACGCUUCUACAGAUGUGACAAGGUAGGUAUGGGAGUCUUAGAUUGCCGUUGAUUAAGGUGAAGUUUUUAACUGUGUCCGGUUCUUUUGUUUGCAUAGAUUGCUAAAGCGUAGAACAUGCAGUUUGCCGACAGUAUUUCUGGCUUUCGAUUUUCAGUGGCUCGAUGACAAACCGCAGCUAGCGCAUCUGUCGUGUCGCCGAAAAGACUAACUAGUCUGUUGUUUGUGAUUUGACCAUGAAUUGCUCAUCAUCUCUCUCGCAGCUUCACACCCAUAGUGGACGCCUGGUUAACUCUUUCAACGAUAUAUUGCAUGUUUACCUAGCAAAAAGACUGUGUACUAUCCGAUACCGUUCAAGGAAUUCUGAUCUCGAUCUCUUCAUAAAUUAAUAGUUCACACUAGGUUGUCUUUCAAAAUUCCAUUAAAACAUCAUUGCAAGGCA